AUGUACGCGGCGCGAAUGUCAUGCACCGCACCAUUCCACGUUCUCGUACUCGCCUUCGGAGUCGGUGCGGAGAACGUGGAUCUUGCAGUUGAGCUCCUUCUCGAGGUAGACGAGGAAAAGUUCGAAGAGCAUGGACGCGGUGUUCUUGGUAAGCGCCAUGAGCACACGGCAGUAGUUGGACUUGACGGCAAUGAAUGUGCGCCGAUGUCCUUCUUGGACCGCCGGUUCUACGUCUGCUUGCCCUCGGCUCAUGUGAGACAAUUGACGCGCUUGUGGUCGGUCUGGUGGAUGCCCGAGCUUGGGACCUUGGCGAGCAGCUCCACCGCGUCAUAG